CACACACACACACAGCAACUCUCCACAGGAAAAGCUAGAGACAGAAUGCGCAGCCCCUUCACAGCAGCUCUGGUGCGUCGUGGCGUCCAAAUGGGAUCCUGCUACACUUUGAUAGUUGGUUAAUUACUCAUAUGAUACCACACAGAUGUCUGGGGGGCUCUAGCCGAAUAUUCGUCUCACUAACUCACUGACUGACUGACUGACGGGAUCCUGGGGAAGGCAGACAUUUAAGGAGCGCUGUGCUAAAUAGCCGUAAUCAGGUUCUUAUCACCUCAUCUGGAAAUCAAAGAACUGCGUUCUGCAAUGGGUAUUACGACACUACAAUUGUUUUUGCUAAUGGCCGUCCUGGCCACUGUUGGAAUAUGCCACAUUAAUGGAACAGAGGAAGUCCUUCAAAACUUUACUACCUCCAAAAUCAAUGUGCAUAAAGGUCUCCAGCCCACAACCAGAAAAGCCCUGCUGGAUAACAAUACCAGAGUGAAGGGGCCUCCACCCUGCAAGGACCCCACUUCCAUCAAGCAGUAUUUUAAGUAUAUUAACACAAUUAUUUCCUGUGCUGUGUUUGUGGUUGGAAUGGUGGGUAAUGCCACCUUGCUGAGGAUUAUUUACCAAAACAAGUGUAUGAGGAAUGGACCCAACGCCCUCAUCGCCAGCCUGGCUCUUGGAGACCUCAUCUACAUCACCAUAGACAUCCCUAUCAAUGUCUACAAGCUACUUCUCACAAAAUGGCCAUUUGACAACAGCUCUUUUGGACUCUUCCUGUGUAAACUGGUGCCUUUCCUCCAGAAAGCAUCUGUUGGGAUUACAGUACUCAAUCUGUGUGCUUUGAGUGUGGACAGGUACAGGGCUGUAGCGUCCUGGAACAGAGUGCAAAGGGUCGGCAUUCCCCUCUUCACUGCCAUUGAGAUCUUCACCAUCUGGGUCCUGUCCAUCAUCUUGGCUGUGCCAGAGGCAGUGGUCUUCAACAUGGUCACCUUUACCUACAAGAACCAAACCAUUCACACUUGCAUGCUCAAGCCUGAAACUGACUUCAUGAUGUUCUAUGUAAAUUGGAAAGACUGGUGGUUAUUUGGCUUUUACUUCUGUGUGCCACUGGCCUGCACAGCUAUUUUCUACACCCUCAUGACAUGUGAAAUGCUCAACCGCAGAAAUGGAAGCCUUCGGAUCGCCCUCAGCGAACACCUUAAACAGCGGCGUGAAGUGGCUAAAGCAGUCUUCUGUUUAGUGCUGAUCUUUGCUCUUUGCUGGUUCCCUCUUCAUCUCAGUAGACUGUUGAAGAAAAUGGUUUAUGUUCCAAAUGAUGAAAGACGUUGUGACCUACUAAACUUCCUGUUGAUCAUGGAUUAUUUUGGCAUUAACUUGGCCACUGUGAACUCCUGCAUCAACCCCAUCAUCCUCUAUUUUGUGAGCAAGAAGUUCAAGAACUGCUUUAAGUCAUGCUUGUGCUGUUGGUGUUACACCAAGAACCAGGUGUCCAGCUCAGGCCCAAUGAACGGCACUAGCAUUCAGUGCAAAAACCAUGAGCCCGGCAACCUCAUUACUGACAGAAGCCUCCGCAAAUACAGCGACUGAGAGGUGAAGCACUCACUCCAGUAAGCCUACAUGCUUAAAACGCAUUAUAGAAGCGGACAUCAUCCAUUGUCAAACUUUGAGGUGGAAAACAUUGUAACCAUUCAUAUGAAACUAAAGUUCCUGUGCUCUGAGCAGUAUCAGGCUGUUUUUAUAUAUAGCAUCAGACCAGACAAUGGACCUGAUAUAUUUAAAGACUCCCGUAGACCUACAGCAGCUGUUCCCAGACUUUCAGAGGGUUGUUUUGAAGUGAGCUGUGAGAGAAGUUGUGGGAGUGAAGACCAACAGCAACAGGAUGCAGCUGAACGUAACAGCUACGAAUUAACCCUCAUCAGGAGCUUGCCAUGUUUUCCUUAUGUAAAUGCUAAACUAUGAACAUGCUCUGGAUCGUCACUGUCCAACGUGAAAGGAAGUUUCAGAAAGGAAGAGUGAAGUGGUCAGUCUGUGUUUUCUGUGUUCCUUCCUAUGAGCUUUGCCAAAGAAACUCCCAGCAUGCCGCUGAGGAGGCAGCCUAUCCUUCAAAUUCAGUGUCCGGUUGUUAUUGUUAGCACAUUGAAUGCAGUUGUGGAAGUUUAAGCAAGGCUAGUUUUUAAAACAGGAACUUUCAGGUCGCCACCUGCCUCAAUCUUUAUUCAUUUGUUAAGUGAAUCAUAAUGUGCGCUGGACGUCACCUCUGUUUAUUUAGUGGGGUAGGAAGAUAAUGAAGAUAUGCCUUUGUGUUUGAAUGCCAGUUACGUUUAUUGUGUAUAUGCUUGUUUAAGAUGAAAAUGUAAGCUCAGAAUUAAAUUAAAACUCAAAACAUAAACAUAAGACAGCAACUGUGAAAUGAACCAGCUGGAUUCAGUUCCAGCAAUAAGGAGGCAAAUGAAACUUUGACCUUGCUGGGAUUUAAGAGUAAUUUCUAGGAAUGCAUCCAACUGCAACAAAUGCUGUGUUAUAGGGUAAAAAAAAAAAAAUGAGCAUAAGGGCGCGGGAAAAGGGGCCUUUCUGUAAUCAAAACAAAAACGCCCAAGAGAUACAAACAUAUCUUUGCCUUUUUUUUUGACACUGUGAAUUUUCUGUGAAGAGAACUCAUACAUGCUAGUAACCUUGCAUACAUUAAUAUUAUUAAUAUUUAAUAGCCUCAGUAUUUGUAUAUCAUCUGUAUUUUAAGUUGACAUAUUUCUUGUUGUAUGAAAAAAGUUUGGGGCCAGUAAGAUUUUAAUUUUUUUUUUUCUUCAUAUUUUUCUUCAGAAAAUAAGGAUGCAUUAAACUGAUGAAAAGAAACAAUAAAGACAUUCAUAAUUUUACAAAAGAUUUAUAUUUCAAAUAAAUGCCGAACUUUACUUUUCAGCAGAAAAUUUAAUUUUUUAACAUUCAAAUAAAGAGCUAUUUGAAAUUUUAAUACUAUUUCACAAAAUUACUGUUUCUACUGUAUUUUUGAUCAAACAAAUGCAGCUUUUUCUAAAAACAAACUACAAAAAAAUCUUACUGGCCCCAAAUUUUGGAAAGGUAGUGUAUAUGGAAUUUUAAGUAAUCCAUUUCCUUCUUGAUGUAAUUUGAAACUAAUAUGAAUGAAAUUAUACAAAUUCUGACAGAGACCUACAUGGGUCUUGUUAAUUUGGCGUGCUGGUGAAUAUAAAAAAAAGAAAAUGUCAUUUUUGUAAUGGAAUUUGAUGUCACAGAUUAUCCUUAUGUUACAUAUGUGCUGGUCUUCAACACCACCACUGAGUGAGGAAUGGUGCACAUUUAUAAUAUAUAUGAAUUUAAACGUAUUAUAGCACUAUAACAACCAAACAGCUCUGUUUACACUAUAUGCUAUGCAGUGAAUAAACUAUAGAUUAUUUUACAUAUCAUGAAUGACUGGUUAAAACAACACUUUUUUUUCUCAUAGAUUGUUAUAGCAUCAGUUCAAUUUUCUAGAUAAGCUGCUACUUAUUUUUAAGAGUAUUGGACCAGACUAUUGAUUCUACCACUUAAAGCAAUGCUAUCUUAUCUCUAAGUGUAAUGAGCGUUCAGUGUUAAAAGAAGAAAGGUGCCUUGUGACAGCUGUCUGUUUUUGGCCUGGGAAGAAGCUCCAGUUUGGGAGUGAUUUGUGAUGUACUUUGACCCACCAGGCAACACGGCCCCUCUAGGUCAUCUGUGUCAACCCAGAGGAUGUGAACGGGGCAUACUAGAGGAUUAGAUGUAAACUGUGGAGCUAUUACCAUAAUCUGUCUGCACUGUCAGUUUAGAAAGUGUUUAUUUGGACAAAAGUACUCUAUCAGUCUGAUACUGGUUUGGACAAAUAAAUGUGUUUUUUUAUUUGCUUUUGUGGAUUUUUCUAAGUAAAUAAAGAAGUGUAUAUAAUGGA